GCGCUCUUCUCCUCCACCUUCAUUCCCCAGAUCUUCUCCACCUCUCUCUCUCUCUCUCUACAACUCUUCAAGAUGGGAGCAGCUCACAGCCACGAAGAUCUAGAGAUCUGCGAAUCAGACGAGGAAGAAUACGAAGAGUACGAAGAAAGAAGAGACGGCCAAGAAGAAGAAGAAGACGAGUUCGUCGACUCCAGAGACGAUACCUUCGCGACAUCUUCCUCCUCCACUCUCCGUCCCAAAUCUCCUUCAUCAUCCCUAAACGACGUCGAAUCAAAGCUCAGAGCUUUAAAGCUGAAAUACCCCUCAACCCAACAAGCCCCACCACCACAAUCCACCCAAAACUCCGCUAGGCUUUUCCGUUACAUAAACGGAAACACUCCCAAAGCCAAAUGGGUCACCGCCGAAAAGUUCUCUUCUUACUCCUUCCUCAAAACCUCCCAAGUAGACGACGACGAAGAAGACGAAGACGUGAAUCAAGAUUCAGAGAAGGAAUGGUGGGUUUUGAAAUUAGGAAGCAAGAUCCGUGAAAAGGUCUCCGACGAGAUGCAAUUGAAAGGUUAUAGAGAGCAACGCCGAGUUGAUUUCGUUGCUAAAGGAGUCUGGGCGUUGAAGUUCGGUACCAUCGAAGACUUCACUCUCUUUGUGAACAGUUACAAUAACUGCUUGUUUGAGAAUAAUCAUGGAGUUGAGUUGAACGAAGCGAGUAAAGCUAAGAUCUUUGGGAAAGAUUUCAUCGGUUGGGCUAACCCUGAAGCUGCUGAUGACUCCAUGUGGGAAGACGCUGAUGAUAUUCUGCUUAAGAGUCCACAGGGAGCUACUCCGUUGAGAGAUACGCAGGAUCUCACGGAGGCUUUUGAGGAAGCUACUAGUGAGGGGAUACAUAGCUUAGCUCUAGGUGCGUUGGAUAAUAGCUUUUUAGUUGGGGGUUCUGGGAUUCAGGUUUUCAAGAACAUGAGGCAAGGGAUUCAAGGGAAAGGUGUUUGUGUUAACUUCGAGCCUGGUUUUGGUGGGGUUCAUUCAGCUCCGAGGAAGGCUCUGCUUAUGAGAGCUGAGACUAACAUGUUGCUUAUGAGUCCCAUGAGUCAGAACAGAGGGAUUCAUCAGCUUGAUAUUGAGACAGGGAAGGUUAUCUCUGAGUGGAAGUUUGAGAAAGAUGGAGUUGAUAUCUCUAUGAGUGAUAUUACUAAUGAUGGUAAAGGUGCUCAGCUGGAUCCGUCUGCGUCGACCUUUCUUGGUUUGGAUAACAAUAGGCUUUGCAGGUGGGAUAUGCGUGAUAGGUAUGGGAUGGUUCAGGAUCUUGCUACUGCGAAUGCUCCGGUUUUGAAUUGGCAACAGGGGCAUCAGUUUUCUAGAGGGACUAACUUCCAGUGCUUUGCAACUACUGGUGAUGGGUCGAUUGUUGUUGGUUCUCUUGAUGGGAAGAUUAGACUCUACUCGAGUAAUACUAUGAGGCAGGCGAAGACGGCUUUCCCUGGACUUGGUGCGCCUGUGACUCAUGUGGAUGCUACUUACGAUGGGAAGUGGAUAGUUGGUACAACUGAUACUUAUCUGAUUGUUAUCUGUACGCUGUUCACUGAUAAGGCUGGUAAGACAAAGACUGGAUUUGAGGGUCGCAUGGGGAAUAAGAUUGCUGCACCAAGGUUGCUGAAGCUGAGACCUCUCGAUGCCCAUUUAGCUGGUGCUAACAACAAGUUCCGCAAUGCUCAGUUUUCAUGGGUGACGGAGGAUGGGAAACAAGAGCGUCAUGUGGUGGCAACGGUUGGCAAAUUCAGCGUGAUAUGGAACUUUCAGCAAGUGAAGAAUGGAGCUCACGAAUGCUACCAAGACCAGGAAGGGCUGAAGAAAUGCUACUGCUACAAGGUAGUCCUUCGGAAUGAAUCUAUUGUGGACAGCCGCUUCAUGAACGACAACUUUGCAGUUUCUGGUUCACCUGAAGCGCCUCUGGUCAUUGCAACUCCCAUGAAAGUCAGUUCUUUCAGCAUAUCCAGCAAGAGAUGAAGCAAGCAAGUGAUUUGACCAUUAGUAUAAUUCGGAUUCUAGUCUGUUUGUAACCAUGUGAAAUUCCAAUGGUGUCUGGCUCUUACGUUGUUAGAUUUCAAGUAAAGACAUCUCUAGAAAUGUUGCUAAACUACUUUGGUGUUACAUUUUAAGUUUUAAGUUGGUCAUAUUUCCUUCAAAGCAGAUUCACUCUCUUUGCAAGGCUUUAAUGGCAUAUAUCUCUCUGAAGCUUUAGCAGCUUCAUUUUCUUUUCCGAGCUGCAA